UUCAGCUUUUCAACUCCGAGUUGAAGUAGCAGAGGUAGAGCAGGCUGAGGCCCCAAGCAAAAUUUCCACAAUCUCCUGAACUGAACAUGCCUGCCGGCAGAGGUCCGUACGCUUUCGGAAUCUUUUUCUCUCACAACCUGCAGCCAUCAGCCCACUCGAAGCGACCCAGCUCCCCAGGCCACGCUGAUUAGACGAGAUCUGGGGGUUGUUAAUGGAGUUCCUGCCCAACCCUGAUAGCCCUGGCUCCAACAACAGUGGGGGGAGCAGCCCGAACAGUAGCCCCAAGAACUCAGUGACGGCGGCGCCGUCUUCGUCGUCAGCCGCGGCGGCGGCAGCUUCUGCUUCUUCUUCUUCUUCUUUUUCUUCUUUUUCUUCCUCCUCCUCCUCCUACUCGGCUGCGGCGCCUCCUUCGCUGAGCCGGUAUGAGUCGCAGAAGCGGCGGGACUGGAACACGUUCGGGCAGUACUUGGGGAACCACCGGCCGCCGCUGUCGCUGUCGCAGUGCAGCAGCGCGCACGUGCUGGAGUUCCUGCGGUACCUGGACCAGUUCGGGAAGACGAAGAUCCACUCCCACGUCUGCCCCUUCUUCGGCCACCCCAGCCCGCCGGCUCCCUGCCCCUGCCCGCUCCGCCAGGCCUGGGGCUCCCUCGACGCCCUCAUCGGCCGCCUCCGCGCCGCCUACGAGGAGAACGGCGGCCGCCCCGAGACCAACCCCUUCGGCGCCCGCGCCGUCCGCCUCUACCUCCGCGAGGUCCGCGACGUCCAGUCCAAGGCCAGAGGCAUCAGCUACGAGAAGAAGAAACGCAAGAAACCGCCGCCUCCUCUUCCUCCGCCGCCGCCGCCACCGCCCGCCGCUGCCUGAUCCAUCGCCUCCUUCCUCCCAGAUAUGCUUUAGAUUUUUACCUUCUGUCUCCCGAUUUGGUCGCCUUUAUCAUUAAUUUAUGCCUUCAUUUUCCGACGAUCGUUCGAACAUAUAUAUAUUAAUCAGAAGCAUGUAAUCACAUAAACUUGUGCUCAUGCAAAGCCCGACGACGAUCCAUGACGUGAUGCUCAGUCAGUCAAUCACCGAUCACGGCAACUUUCUUUCCUUCUUAUAGAUACAUAUUCAUUGCUGCAAAAUGUUACUCUUUUACUUUCCCAUUCUAAUUCCAUUUCCUUGCUUUCAAAAACAGCUCUUUCGACUUCCAUUUCCCAGGACUUCUCUUUAUGAUCUGACACUUGCAAUCUUUGUUCUCCCUUUUGGCAAAAACAUAGUCUUUUUGCUCUCUCGGGAAACCAAAAGCUGAUGAUGCCAAUUCACCCUAAUCAAUGCUUACGCUAGGAAAAAUUAGUGGAUGAACAGUUGAUUAUGAUGCGAGUGUACGAUAAAGAUCAAUUGACGGAAUGUGAUAUGAUCCUUAAAUAUAGAUAUAAACAUAAAUCUAUUAUUUGUUUGUAAAAUAUAAUCUGGCCGACAACACGAAAUUGUGGUUUAAUAGUCUUUGGCUACGGUUGGUUGGCAUCGUGUAACCCUUUUAAAUCCUGCCACUGCCACCACUGUCAUUGUGAGAAUACUUAAUCAUUUUUAGACUCUAGAACACUCUCUGAGAGUUCUUGGGAGUAGUGUAAUCACUUUGUAUAUUACGUUGGUGGUACUUAGCUCGUUUUAUCUUUAGAAAUUCCUUUGCUUUGAUCAAUAAAAGCAUCAACACAUGUGUAAUUACUGUAUAAUAGUACAUUACUACACUCCUCCCCCUCCCAAAAUAAAAGAACAAUAAUGAUUAAUUUUUAGUGAGUCAAGAACCUCUCUGUUGUCCAUGCAUGAAAUAUGAAUUGUGCUCUUUCUUGUUCGUAUGAAGUUCUGUUCAGUGCUCUUUUGUCGAUUCAUACAAUUAAUGGAAGCAUAUAUCAAGAAAUGAAUGCACUUGACCCUUUUCAUAUCAAGACAGAAAUGAAUCUGCAAGCU